GCCAGAAAAAAAGUCCAGCCCCUGGGAGGAUCCUGGACUGCCUUUUUAAAUCUCUGCUUCUCACCUCGCGGGCGGGGUCUCCAUCCUCUUGAUGUGUGGAGUUGGGUUCCCAGGCGGAUUUGGGGAAGUGAAAGUCACCAGGGGCCGGGCCUGUCUCAGCUCGUGACCCCGCGCCUCGCCCUCUCGAGACAAAUUUCUAGACCCCAGCUCGAUGGCCACGCUGAGCUCGCUGCUAUUGACCGCGCUGCUCUGGGUCCCUGUAGGAACCCUGACGUGCUACGGGGACUCGGGGAAGCCUGUGGACUGGUUCGUCGUUUACAAGCUGCCGGCCCACACAGGGUCGGGAGAUGCGACGCAGAACGGGCUGCGGUACAAGUACUUUGACGAAUACUCAGAGGACUGGCGCGACGGCGUGGGGUUCAUCAGUAGCACCACCGGCGCCGUGGGCCGCAGCCUGCUGCCGCUGUACCGAAACAACAGCCAGCUCGCCUUUGUGCUCUACAAUGACCAACCGCCUAAAUCCCGCGAGUCUAAGGACUCUUCCAGUCGUGGGCACACGAAAGGUGUGCUGCUCCUGGACCAAGAAGGGGGCUUCUGGUUGAUCCACAGCGUUCCGAACUUCCCUCCACAUGCCUCCUCUGCUGCGUACAGCUGGCCUCCUGGUGCCCAAAAAUAUGGGCAGACCCUGAUCUGUGUAUCUUUUCCUCUCACCCAGUUUCUGGGUAUCAGCAAACAGCUGACCUAUACCUACCCGCUGGUGUAUGACCACAGGCUGGAAGGGGACUUCGCCCAGAAAUUCCCCUACCUGGAGGAGGUAGUCAAGGGCCAUCACGUUCGCCAGGGACCGUGGAACAGCAGUGUAACACUCACAUCAAAGAAAGGAGCCACAUUCCAGAGCUUUGCCAAAUUUGGAAACUUUGGAGAUGACCUGUACUCUGGCUGGCUGGCGGAAGCCCUUGGCAGUACCCUGCAGGUCCAAUUCUGGCAGAGAUCUUCCGGUAUCCUGCCCUCCAACUGCUCCAGGGCCCAGCAUGUAUUUGACGUGACUCAGACAGCCUUCCCUGGGCCAGCUGGGCCAGCCUUCAAUGCCACAGAAGACCAUUCCAAGUGGUGUGUAACCCCAAAAGGGCCCUGGGCCUGUGUGGGUGACAUGAAUCGGAACCAAAGAGAGGAGCACCGGGGUGGGGGCACUCUGUGUGCCCAGAUGCUCUGGAAGGCCUUCAAGCCUCUGGUGAAGGCCUGGGAGCCCUGUGAAAACAAGAGCAGGGCCUUCUCUCUAGGAAGCCCAGCAGGACAUAUAAGAGCUAAGGUUCAGGGGCCAGUGUGGACGUGAGUUUGAAUCUAUUUUGUCCCUUCCUAUUUGUAUGGCCUUAAUCAUGUGCCUUAAUCUGUGACUCAUCUGUACAGUGGGAAUCAUAGUAAUACAAAGAAAUUGGUAAAUGA